AUGGAGCGCGGGCUGCCGGGCGCCUGCGGGCCCGCGGAGCCGGGGCCUUGCUUGCGCAGCUUGCCCGGCGCGGCGCAGGCGGCCUCGGCUUCCUCGCCGAGCGCGGCCCGGGCCGAGCCAGGGCUCCGCGCGCCGGCCGUGGCCGCGGUGUUGCCCGCGGGGGGCGGGGAGAGGAUGGGCGUCCCCACCCCGAAGCAGUUCUGCCCCAUCCUGGAGAGGCCGCUCAUCAGCUACACCCUGCAGGCCCUGGAGAGAGUAUGUUGGAUAAAGGACAUUGUCGUGGCAGUAACUAGAGAGAAUAUGGAAGCAAUGAAUACUAUUAUUCAGAAGUACCAGCAUAAACGCAUCUCAGUAGUGGAAGCUGGAGUGACUCGCCACAGGUCAAUUUUUAAUGGACUAAAAGCACUGGCCGAGGAUCAGCCCAGCUCCAAGCUCUGUAAGCCAGAAGUUGUGAUUAUCCACGAUGCUGUGAGACCAUUUGUUGAGGAAGAUGUUCUCCUUGAUGUUGUCAGAGCUGCUCAGAAACAUGGGGCUGCAGGAGCAAUUCGACCUCUUGUAUCUACUGUCAUCAGUCCCUCUUCUGACGGCUGCUUGGACCACUCACUGGAACGUGCCAGAUAUAGAGCAAGUGAAAUGCCACAGGCUUUUCUAUUUGAUGUGAUCUAUGAGGCUUAUCAGCAGUGCAGUGACUAUGACUUGGAAUUUGGAACUGAGUGUUUGCAACUGGCCCUAAAAUACUGUCACACUAAAGCCAAACUUGUGGAAGGAUCACCAGACCUGUGGAAGGUGACCUACAAACGAGAUUUGUAUGCAGCUGAAUCGAUUAUUAAAGAGAAAAUUUCACAACAUGUUUGUGUAGUUGUGGACACAAAAGAAGAUGAACAUGUAGGUGGACUCCUUGAAAAAACACUGAAAAGUGAAUUAGAUCAUGUAAAAGUCACAUCUGAGGCUCUGUGUCAUGUUGGUAGAGAUCUUCAGCCAAUCAUCUUACAGCAAUGCUACAGUUUUGUUUGUGUAAACGCAUUGACCUCUGAUUUCCAAGAAACCCAGAAAUUAUUGAAUAUGCUGGAAAAGGAUAAUCUUUCAAGUUUAUAUCCUGUUGUUGUUAUAUCAGUGCAUUUUCUUGAUUGUAAAUCAGAACCUUUUGGUCAGAAAAUGGAAAAUCUAAUGCAGAUUAGGAAAUUUGCAAAUGAAGUGAGAAAAAGAAAUAUUUUACUCUAUGGUCUUCUCAUAUAUUACCCACAGGAUGAACAGAAACUACAGGAAAGUUUAAAGCAAGGAGCCACUAUUAUUGCUGCCUUAAUCAGAGAGAGAAAUUCUGCACUCACUGGUCAGCUACUGGUAGCAUGAGGAAAGUGAAGAAAAUUGCCCCCUGCGUUAGAAAUGUUUACCUAAGUAUCCCUUUGUGCAUUCCUACCUAUUGUAUGUGGCAGAAUGUUUUUAAGUUGUCUUUUAUGUCUCCAAAUUUGUAGGAUGUAUGCUGUUAUAAAAGUGAACCAGUGUUUAUAUCUGUAUAAUAAAACCUAUUGUGCAUGUCAAAUGUAAGUUAUCUGAAACAUAAAAGAAUAGAUAAAAUGGAAAAUAAUAGCCUUGACAUGAAAAAUCUUUUCACAAAGGCAUUAAAGGUCAAAUAGAAAUAAUGAGGGUUAGCUAAUCCUUCAAGAAAUGAGAAUUUAGGGAAUGUCAACUGUUAUCUCUAUCAUAAUUGUAAAUCACACUAUAAUGAAGCUAAUACACAAUAUUCAGAAUUACUGGUGCUGUAAAAGUUUUUACCAUUUGAUUUUUUGACUUAUAUUUUAUUUUUUUCCACACCUUAAAAUAAAAAAGAGAUUGAGGAGAUAACAGCAAACUCGUUCAAAUAUCUUCUCUAAAACCCUAUGAGAUAAAACUUCUUUCUGCUUUUCACUAUUUUAAGAUAGUAUCUUUUUCUUGGCAUAUGAAAUAAUUUUGAGUUACAUUACUUUAAAAGGUCUCUGAUUUUUCUCAGUUUAAAAGAAGACUGGAAAGCUUCAUAAAAGUGAAUUUAAGUUGAUCAAUCCCAGGUUAGUCAACUACUAAAAGGCAGAAAAUCUGUUGUUCAUGAAAGAAUUUAAUUAAUUAUCUUUUGAUAUUAUACUGCUACUGAUUAAUAGCAAGUUCAUAUUUUUUUCAAAUUUCCAUUGGAAUACACAGCUUACAUAGUGAUGAUUUUUAUUAUAUUUUAUAAUAAUGCAGUCCAGUUAUCAGAGAUGCCCUUUCUAUGUAUUUACUUUAUGAAUCAUAAACACAUUGGAUAACAUUAUUCAAAAUCUAAGGCUACUGUAAACUAUAAAACUUGCACAUGAAAUGCUUGUAGUUAAUGAGAGACUAUGAAAUACUACAUUGUAGAAUUUAACAUGUUGGUUGAUUUUCCCUAAAUAUCUUAAGUUUCUAUGUUAAGGAGUAUUUAUAUUUUACAUUUAAGUAAUACUAAGCAAGAUAUAAUGGACAUGGAGUAAUAAUUACAAUUUGUCCUCCUAAGUGAAAUGUAUUGUUUGAAUGUAGCUUGCAUCUACAUUUCUGGGCUUUCCACCUUUUCUUUUUCUCUUGGGAUGUUGGGAAAUAUAAAAUAAAUCAUUUAAUUCAAAAUUAUGAAGGAGAAAAUAUGUGAGCAGCAUUUGGAUUUUGGUUAGAUUGUCCUUGUUAUUAAAAGUGAGUUGGCUGAGUUGUGAAAGGUACACACACUGUUGAAGUCUUCAAGUGCAAAUAUUUUAAGGAUUUGAAAAUGUUUAUAAAGGCAAAAUGGCAAAUAAUAUCAAAGUUUAAAGAGAGAGUAAGGACACUGGGCUUAUUUAUGGCACAGCAAAAUCAUCGUACCUGUUACACAGUUGAGUUAUCUUAGAUUUCAACUUAAUAAUGGAAUAUUAUACCAGAAUUUAUCUUUAUACAAGAAUUUAUUCUUGAGCAAUUACUUUAUCAUAGGCAACUGGAAACAGCUCAUGUAACAGGGCUUAGUUAAUAAAAUAGUAAAUUGUGUCUAAAAUCUUCAUGAUUAUCUUAGCAUUUGAUUUUCUGUUUAUAGUUUCUAAACUGAUUGUUAAUAUUGAAAAUUUCAAGAAAUCUUUCUGCAUCCUUUGCUGUUUAGAUUGGAUCUUAACUGCCUUGUCCACAGGCAUGCGGCAGCUUAUGUAGCAAAAGGCAGGGUUUUAACUCAGCAAUACCUAUAAGAAGUGUUAAGCUCAUCUACCUAUAUAAUAGCAAUUGCUGGUGAAGGACCUCCACCAGGGAGGUGGUGGGAAAUAAGCCAGAAGCCCCCAAUGAGCACUGGAAGAAUGGACAAGGGAACAGGUCAGUCCAUUGACCGGAGGAAUAACCUCAAACUUUUGGCUUUCCAGCCGUCUUUCUAACAUACAGAAUUGGUAAAGGAAAUGAAGAAAAUUAUUGCCACGAUAGAAUGAUAAAUUAUUUUUAUUGUAUGUUUAGAGAUCUGGAGGCAACUUUACUAUUACGUGUUCAUCAGCACUUCUGUAAACUUAUUUUCAUGAGAAUAGUUCAUUCUCACUGUAUUUUUCAAAAUGCCUUGAAAAUAAUAGCAAUUAUGACUCAGAGUUGUUGAGAUUAUUUUCUUCCUGUGUGUGGAAAUUUUGAGGAAAGACUUUUCAUUCUAAAUUUAUGCUACAUUAAUUAGGUGAAAUAUAUUUUUUUAAAGAAUUUAACACAGUAUGUUUACUGGGUUGAUUGAUGAUAUUUUGAUAAAAUGUAGUAUAUUUUAAUAAGUGAUCAAUUUAAGGGUUAACUUGUUACAAAUAUGCAACAAGUGGGAAAUAAGCCAGAAGCCCCCAAUGAGCACUGGAGGAAUGGACAAGGGAACAGGUCUUUUAAGGAUUAGUCCAACUCCAUUUUUUAAAAAUCCUCAACAAAAUAUUAUUAAAUCCAGUAAUACAUAAAAGUGAUAAAAUAUCAGAACUAUCAAUAAAGUGAGAUUUAUCAUAGGAAUGUAAACUUGGUUUCACAUUUGAAAAUCAAUAUCAUUUUUUUUGUAAUAAACA